AUGGCAGCCGCCGCCGCCAAGCCCGCCGAGUUAAUGGGCAUCUGCUCGAGCUACCAGGCGGUGAUGCCGCACUUCUUGUGCAUCGCCGAGGAAUUCCCUCAGCCGAUCCGGCCCGCCAAGCUGGCCAAAGGCAGGUUGCGCAGACCCCGCCAGUCCCGCUUCAAGACGCAGCCGGUGACCUUCGACGAGAUCCAAGAGGUGGAGGAGGAAGGGGUCUCCCCCAUGGAGGAGGAGAAAGCCAAGAAGUCCUUCCUGCAGUCCCUCGAGUGCCUCCGCCGCAGCACCCAGAACCUCAGCUUGCAGAAGGAGAAGAAGCUGAGCAGCUGCUGCAGCCGCCUGAGGAACAGCCUGGACUCCAGCGACUCCGACUCCGCUCUCUGA